UUAUCUCCCUAAUCGGCCCGCCACGACCACCGCCGUGCCUCGCCAUAUCUUUGGCGAGCUUCACGCCCCGCCGCCCACUGCUCUCUCUUCUUCUCUCUCAAAUCGGCGGCGCCACCACAACGUCCGCCCCGCCGCUCCACCGCUGUACUUCGCCAGCUAGUCCGCAAUUUCACAACGGCCCCAUUAGAUAUGUAUAGAUGUGUAUUCAUCUAACCUCGUUCGGUGUUAAUUGAAGAUGAAUAUGCCUUGAAGGUCGUUGAGGUUGCUAGAGUACCUCGAAUGGUAUCCGCACAUGUAAUGAGUUCUUGGCGGUUGGGAUUUUAAUAGAUGUGCCUUUUCGGGCUUGCCCCCUCCAAUAUCGUUAAAGUUUCUUCUUCCCUAUCUGGAAGAUAGGUAAUCGUGUGAGGAAUUAGGUAUGGUGUUGCCAUUGAUGUGAAAGAACCUGUCGCUAUUUCUGAAGCGAAAAAAUCCCAUACAAAACAAGUUUUUCACCACAAACCUACUCUUAAAUCCUAACUGCACUAAACCCCAAGAGUAGACCAGGUGGAAACCCAAAUCACAUCUCUAUGUCAAAAACCCAACUCAUUGGUAAAUUUGCAGAAUGCAUGUUCUCUAUUUGAACAAUCUGUGGAAAUGGGUGUCGUUCCAUCAGGGCCCUCCAGCGAUCUUCUUUUGCAAACCCUUGUCAAGAAUAGGAAGCACAAUUUGGCUCUUAGUAUUUAUAAGAAGAUGGUGUGUUCUGGGGCUUUACCAAGAUAUUUGUCAUUAUCAGCUUUGGUUGAGUGCUUGGUACAUCUCUCCAUGCCCCAGUUGGCUCUGGGGGCAAUUGGGUUGAUGUUAAAGCAAGGCUACACCAUUAAUCUAUAUAUCGCCAAUGUCGUUUUGAAUGGCCUUUGUUGUAAUGGAUUUGUGGUUGAUGCUGAGGAGUUUUUAGGUGAGAUGGAUAGGAAUCACGUGUCUCCAGAUAUCGUUAGCUUUAAUACUUUGAUAAAAGGGUUGCACCAGGAGAAGAGAUUAGAUGAAGCUAUGAGUAUGAAAAGAAGAAUGGAGUCUGCAAAUAUUGCUCCCAACUUGAUCACAUAUAACAUUCUGAUGGAUGCUCAUUUUGUGGAGGAUCGUGUGGAUGGAGCAAUGAUGUUGUUGGAAGAGAUGAAGAUGAAAGGGUUGGAACCUGAUGUUUUCUUCUAUGACACACUUAUCAAUGGCUUUUGCCGUAAAGGUGAUGUUGGUAGAGCGAGUGAGAUUUUGAAUCUUAUGUCAGAUAAAGGACUUUCUCCGGAUAGAGUUUCUUACACUUGCUUGAUGCUUGGUUUCUGCCAGAAGGGGAAUCUAAAGGAAGUGAAGCGCUUGUUCAAUGAAAUGUUAAAAAAUGGCAUCCGCCCUGAUGCUGUUACGUUUGGAAGUAUAAUUGGAGGUCUUUGCCGAGUUGGGAAUGUGGAGAAAGCAGUGGAGAUGUUUAACUUUAUGUUGGACAAGGGAGAUGUUAAUUUCUCAUAUGUAUUAUGUCCCACAUCGGUUAUGUAAUAUAGUCUAGCUUAGUCUCUUGUACUAUAUAUAUGUUACCUAUGUUGAAUAAUUAUAUACACUACUACU